UAACUGAACACAGGGCAGAGGGUCCAGUACUAUAGCAAUGAAUAUCGGAACGAACGUAAUCUCUGAUGACGUCUCAGUUAUGACGUCAUAAAUACGCAACGCAACACCUUGCGUUUUGCUAUGUUCUCUCUCAGUAUUGAAAAUCUAUAUGUUAAGUGACACAUAUUAUAAAUUUACAGUACUGGCAGUGAAUUUCGGAACGUACCUCUUGUUUUCUUUUACAUGUUACCAGAAACGUCAUAAACAUGGAUGACACAGUGAAACAGCCAGAGAAAACCUGUACCUUUUUAUUCAAAAAACGUAAAAUUCGUAGUACGAGACAGCGAAAAGAAGCAAGUGGAAGUAAUGAUAGCAGCGAAGAUGAGACAACAGUGGUCAGAAAGCAGAAGAAGCGAGACAACCGCAAUCCUAUGAUACAAAGCACAAGUACAAAGGAAUAUCAAGAAAAGACAAAUCACAGUGAUGACAGUAGUGAAGAGGAUAGUGUAACUGUAUCAUAUAAAAGUAACAGAACAGCUCUUCCAGUUGGCCCGAGUGAUCAAGGAGCAACAGCUGUUCUAGAGACAGAAACAGAGAAAGAUAGAGAUGCACAAGCAUUAUUUGAGAAAGCACAGAAAAUAAACGAAGAACUAGAAGGAAAGGAAGAUGAUAAAAUUUAUAGAGGCUUGAAUAAUUAUGCACAAUAUUACAAGAAAAAAGAUACAGCUGCAGGAAAUGCAUCUAGUGGAAUGGUUCGUAAAGGACCAAUCAGAGCACCGUCAAAUCUUAGGGCAACAGUGAGAUGGGACUAUCAACCUGAUAUAUGCAAAGAUUACAAAGAAACAGGCUUCUGUGGUUUUGGAGAUAGCUGUAAAUUUCUUCAUGAUCGGUCGGAUUAUAAAUUAGGAUGGCAGUUAGAAAGAGAAGCUGCUACUGGCGAAUAUGAUAACAGUGGUGACGAAGACGAUAAAAAAUACGAAAUUGCUAGCGACGAGGAAGAUUUGCCAUUUAAAUGUUUUAUAUGUAGAAACAGUUUUACAGAUCCCGUUGUUACCAAAUGUAAGCAUUAUUUUUGCGAAAAAUGUGCUCUGGAACAGUACAAAAAAAGCACACGAUGUUACGUCUGCAAUACUCAGACUAACGGCACUUUCAGCGUUGCAAGAGAACUUAUUGCACGAACAAAAAUGGAAGAAAAGAAGAGACCAACAACGCCAAGCGAGAGCUCAAGUGAAGAUUGACAAGAUUAAAAUAAUGAUACGUAUAUUUCCACAAAAGUUUAGAAACUUGUAUAAACUACUAUAUGUAAUUUUAUACGAAAUAAUUGUGUAAUAUAGAAUAAAAAUAUUUAGUUAACUUA